AUGUUCAGAGCCAACGAAAAGGGGACUCGCACAUCUAUGGUCCGCACAACACCAGUUCCUUAUCAGCAGAAUCAAGAGCGUGGACAAUCCCAUCAGCUUAAUUACCACAUCAUUGGCGAAUGCUUCCAGGUCUUCUUAUCUAACAUAACCGCAACCUUCUUUGGAUGGGAAGAAAGCAAUGACCAUGGAAGCAUAUACCCCCUCGAAGGGACACUCAUUCCCUCGAAGGUGGAUCAAGAUAGCGAACACACAUCUGCAACCGGACACCUUGCGUACCCCAAGAGUCUUCAACACCUUCAACGGUAUCUCUACACGCAUCUACCGGGCACUUUUUACGUCAAUACAUUGACGAGUGUUCAUUUCUUCUCCAUCGUCACAGCCGACAGUCGUCGAUCCCGCGAUCAACGCAGAAGUCGCAGAGAGCUGCGCGUUUGCCCGGCGGUCAGUCGCAGACACCUGGAUCGCUUUAUCUGGUUGUACGAGGACACUGUGUGGGUACAUGAUGCCGACAUAGAGCGGGAAAUUUCAGUCGACCCCAGCGUUGACGACAAAGAGCAACCAACUGGUGGUCAAGACGAGUUAUGGGCAGUGGAUAGGCAUGACACUACCACUCAGGAGAUUGCCAUUAUGGAUGCAGUUGCUUCACCCUCGACUUCCGCCGGGCCUAGUAUCAAGACCGAGACGACCGUCACUCCAUCCAUCUCGACUUCGACCGGAGCUGGUGCCACGACCCAGCCCAAGUCCCCUAUACCAGCCAAACCCGACAUGAGCAUCCAUCUCGCACCGGACCAAGAUUAG